AAGAAAUUAUGAUUUGUUUAUAUCGUAUUAGACGUUCCAUUCAUGAUGUUCAUACGACAGGCUGGUAUACAUGUAUUAAACAAAUGAAAUGAAAAAAUAUUGUUUUUUUAUUAUCUAUAAGUAUUAUAAAUCAGCAAAGAUAUCUUUGAUGAUUCAAUUGCACUCGUGAAUUAUCAUUCAAUAUAUAGCAUACUUCUUCUACCGUCUACGAAAACGAACAAAGGAAUCAAGACUACAUUACCGCCCUUUGAUUUACUUACUUUUCUGAAUAUUUGAACUAGAAAUUUCUUUACACUUGUUAUCUUUAUGCAACCGGAUGCGAAUGCAGAAUCGAAUUCCCUACGACGCUCUUUGGGCGCGAGGCAAAUCCAAAUGCUUGCCUUUGGAGGAACCAUUGGUACAGGUUUGUUUUUAGGGAUUGGCUCUUCUCUUGCUGAAUCAGGCCCUGCGGCUCUCCUUUUAUCGUUUUGCAUCAUUGGCGUAAGUGUAUACUGUACCAUGCUUGCACUAGGCGAAAUGGCUGUCUACAUGCCCGUGGCAGGAUCAUUUUGUACAUAUGUUGGAAGCUAUGUUGAUGAAUCUUUUAGCUUUGCUCUUACUUGGAACUACUGGUUGAAUGAUACGAUUGCAUUAGCAAGCCACGUCUUAGCAUCUCGAUUGCUAGUUGAUUUCUGGCUUCCUGAUCCGGUAUUGCCAACCGAUGGCUCUUCUUUUUCGACGAGCUUUGGCGUUCGUUGUACAAGAGAAAUUGUUCGCACCGUUACGCCUAUCAUCUCUCUGCUAGUCAACGUUGGUUUGAAUAUGCUUCCAGUAGACGGAUUUGGUGAAAUUGAAUACUGGCUCGCGGCGAUUAAAGUGUUUACAGUUGCUUUGUUUUGCGUCAUUGGACUCGUUACUAACUUGGGAAUCAACACCGAAAACGAGUUUAUCGGCUUUCGGUACUGGAAAAAUCCAGGAGCUUUUCAUAAUGGGUUUGGUGGAUUUAUAAGCAGCUUUGUGAAUGCGGCAUUUGCUUUUGCCGGAACGGAAUCAAUUGCCAUUGCUGCCGGCGAAGCCCUGAAUCCAGUGAAAAGUUUACCAAAGGCAAUCAGGUCGAUGUCGUUUCGCGUAUUGACACUUUAUAUUGUUGGUGUCAUAGUUGUCGGUAUCAACAUUCCAUUCAACACACCGGGCUUAAAUGGUGAUUCCGUCCGGAUGUCCCCAUUUACACUUGUGUUCCAAAAAUUUGGUGUUCCCGGAGCGGCUAGUCUAAUGAAUGCGGUAAUUCUAUCCUCGGCUCUAUCUGCAGGAAACCAUUCCUUGUUUGCAGGAACUCGUCUUUUGUACUCUCUAGCACGAGCUGGACAUGCUCCCAACAUCUUUUCUAAAUGCAAUCGUCAUGGAGUUCCAUGGCUCGCAGUACUGGCUACUAGCACUCUAGCAAUUUUGUGCUUGCUGACAUCACAUGCUGGAAAGACAUGGUCGUUUUUACUCAACAUUAUUGCAGUUUCCAACCAAUUAUCUUGGACGUUUAUUGGAUUCACUAGUCUUCGAUUCAGGAAAGCUUUGCGUAAACAAUCAAAGACUCAUCGUCUUGUAUUCCCGAAUUGGACGUAUCCCGUAGGACCAUAUUUAGUGAUUAUUUUAAACGUUGUUUUUCUCCUUGUCCAAGGAUGGAAGAGUUUCUUUCCUUUCCAAUUUUCCCUCUUUCUCAGUUAUUACAUAGAAAUACCCCUUGUUUUGGGAUUGUAUUUGGUUUGGAAGCUUUCCCAUCGCACUAAACUUAAGACAAUCUCUGAAAUGGACCUUGAUACUCAUUGGCAUAAUCCUUCUCCCCAAGAGGAAACUCCUGGAGAUGCAUAAUAAUUGUUUACGAUUCCUUAAUUCCAUAAUUAUGACAUGAAUGACUAAUUAUGAAUAAUUUUUUUUUUCCUAACACUAUUAAAGUUGCAUACAAAAGUUC